UUGAGCGCAUUAAGUCGUUAGGGUACAACCAGACAGGACGCACUUUCCACUUUCUCCGAGAGCUGCCGCCAUUCGCCUGCCUUGGCGUGUGUGUACCGUUAGUUCAGCUGUGUCCUGUGCCCUGUGUCCUGUGCAGAGAGGGAAAUUAGCGGGGAAGCCCCAGCAUCUCGGAAUCGUAGUCAAAGUCAAAGUCAACGCAGGGAAACCAAAUCCGAAUCGAAUAGUGGUUGAACAGCUUCUUGACUAGUGAGUGCGUGAAGAAACUCCAAAAAAAAACGAAAAUACUCCAAACUCCCUCCCGCGUACAAGUGUGUGUAAGUGUCGUCUGUGCGUGUGUGCGUGCGUUUCCGUUUCCCCCAAAACUUCAGCUCGAGUGUGUUCAUCAACAAAUAAAAAUCUAAACAAAUUUAAAUCCAAACGACAACUAAAAAAUUGCAUUAAACGAUAGCCAAUUAAAAAUGUUUGCUUAAACGAACCAAGAUAAAAAUCCAAUUUAAAUAAAACUUUUUUCGUUACACUCACCACAUAAAGGCAAUAUGCAAAUAUUAAACAAAAAACACUCAGAAAAUGUUAAACAAAAGUAAAUGAAUGCAAAUUAAAAAGCACGACGAAAAGCCAAAAGCAAAUAAUAACAGCAACAAUGUGUUCAUAACUAUUAAAAACGGAAAUUAAAUAUAUAAAAAAAAAACAAAGCAAAGGCUUAACGCAUUAUGCUAAAUCGAAACCAAGCCAAUCUCAUCUGAAUCUCUACUAUCGCAUCCAUGUUUCUGCAUUCGUAUCUGCAUCUGCACCCGUACCCGCAUCCGUAAAUCUAUCUGUAUCUUUGCAUCUGCUGGGCGAAUAAGACGAUGCAGCAAACAUGCCAGCUAAAUUCGAAUCCGAAACCCAGAAUCAAUACAUCAAUCAGUCCAGCAAGCAACCAAUCAAGCAAUUCCAUCAUCAAUUUGCAACUGCCAUCAACUCAUCAACAAUAGAAACUGCAACCAGUACGACUGCAACAACAAUCCCAACUUAAAUGCCACAAAUUAAAAGCACCCAAAUUAAAGCAAAUAAAGCAAGUAAACUAAAAUAAUUCUAAAUAAUAAACCUAAAAAAUAGCCUAACACCACUCGAAGGCGAACAAAAAGCGAGUUAAAUUAAAUUUUCAUAUUAAUUAUGGAACAUUCAUCAACAAUUUUGUUGUGUUUGUUCCAUUGCAAAAACAAAAAGGUCGCCGAUUGUUUGCAGCUGCAGAAACAACAACAAGAACAACGACCACUGGGAAAUUCUACAACAACAAAAUCGACCAGAAGACCAACAACAUCAGCAGCCCAGCAACAACAACAACAGCCACUUCUUGGAGCAACAACAACUUUUAGCUUCAAUACAACAAAAUUGCUGGCUAACAUCUAACAACUGAACGAUACAACGAUACUAAACUGUAUUAACAAAGAUAAGGAUCAGCACUACCAAAAAAUCAACCAGAACAACAACAACUGCUACCUAAGGUUUCUCCAACUCUAAAAACAAUUAACUCAAAAAGAAAAUAUAAAAAAACCAUAUAAGCAAACCAGAAAAAAGUGCAAAUUAUGUAAAUUAUAGCAAAGGCAAAACGCAAAGGGAAAACCGAAAGGCAAACGAAAGAGAAUUAGUCAAAUAGAAGAGACGGAAGCAGAAAUCCAGAAAAAAUAUCUGUGACCAGGCGAAACCGGAAAUUAAAUCUGCAACGCGGAACCAAAGUGGAAGAGGAAGAGCUGGGCAGAGCCACGGAACCACAACCGCAGGAAAAUCCGAAACGAGCAGAAGGAAAACGCGUGCCAAAUAUUUGCUCCAAAAUACGAGAAUAAAAUAAUAAUCUUAAAGAGCGGCUCCAAAGAGCGUUGAAUUGAGAGAUACCAGUUUGCUGUCGAGAUAAGUAUAGUAGUUAGUUCAGGCAUCCCAUGAAGGCUACGUUGCACUGGGAACACUAAGAUCUUGGUGGCUGGACUUCGGGACCUCAGACCUUACAUUUCCAUUUCCAUUGUUGAGCUCUGACCCACACGGCGCAUUGUCUCGGUCUUUUGUGCUAAUCACCGCUAGUUGGGAGCUCCGGGAGCAGGAGCCCUGGCCAACUAUUUAGCCAAGGUGACGAGGCAAGGAUUGCCAGGCACUUUACAGCUCGACCAGACCAACACCCAUACCAACACCCAUUCCCACUGUGAAAGGAGGCGGCGGAGCAGGAGCAGGAGCAGGGGCGGGGCAGCCAUUCAACCCAAGAGCCACGCGAUACAAACCAGCCAAGGACAUGGACUCCCCGCUGCCAGCGUCGCUGUCGCUGUUUGUCCUGUUGAUCUUUCUGGCGAUAAUUAAAGAAAGCUGUCAAGGACCUCAUGAAAAGCGCCUGCUGAACCACCUGCUCUCCACAUACAACACGCUGGAGCGACCGGUCGCCAACGAAUCGGAGCCCCUGGAGGUCAAAUUUGGACUGACGCUGCAGCAGAUCAUCGACGUGGAUGAAAAGAAUCAGAUUCUGACCACAAAUGCGUGGUUAAAUUUGGAGUGGAACGACUACAAUCUGCGCUGGAACGAGACGGAAUAUGGCGGGGUCAAGGAUCUCCGAAUCACGCCCAAUAAGCUGUGGAAACCCGACGUGCUCAUGUACAACAGCGCGGAUGAGGGAUUCGAUGGCACGUAUCACACCAACAUUGUGGUCAAACAUAACGGCAGUUGUCUGUACGUGCCCCCUGGUAUCUUCAAGAGCACAUGCAAGAUAGACAUCACGUGGUUCCCAUUUGAUGACCAACAUUGCGAAAUGAAAUUCGGUAGUUGGACUUACGAUGGAAAUCAGUUGGAUUUGGUUUUGAAUUCCGAAGAUGGAGGGGAUCUUUCCGAUUUCAUAACAAAUGGCGAGUGGUACUUGCUUGCCAUGCCGGGAAAGAAGAAUACAAUAGUCUACGCCUGCUGCCCAGAACCAUAUGUCGAUAUCACCUUUACUAUACAAAUACGUCGCCGAACAUUAUAUUAUUUUUUCAAUUUAAUCGUGCCAUGUGUGCUAAUCUCAUCGAUGGCCCUCUUGGGCUUCACAUUGCCGCCGGACUCGGGCGAGAAACUGACGCUGGGCGUAACUAUACUACUAUCAUUAACAGUAUUUCUAAACCUUGUCGCCGAGUCCAUGCCGACAACGUCGGAUGCUGUUCCUCUUAUAGGAGUUACAAUUCUUCUAUCGCUCACAGUGUUUCUCAACCUUGUAGCUGAGACAUUGCCCCAAGUAUCUGAUGCAAUCCCCUUGUUAGGCACCUACUUCAACUGCAUCAUGUUUAUGGUCGCAUCGUCGGUGGUGUUGACCGUAGUGGUGCUCAACUAUCACCAUCGCACAGCGGACAUCCACGAGAUGCCACCGUGGAUUAAAUCCGUUUUCCUACAAUGGCUGCCCUGGAUCUUGCGGAUGGGUCGACCAGGCCGCAAGAUCACACGCAAAACAAUACUAUUAAGCAAUCGCAUGAAGGAGCUGGAGCUGAAGGAGCGCUCCUCCAAGUCCCUGUUGGCCAAUGUCCUCGACAUUGACGACGACUUUCGGCACACAAUAUCAGGCUCGCAGACCGCUAUCGGUUCGUCGGCUAGCUUUGGUCGUCCCACAACGGUGGAGGAGCACCACACGGCCAUCGGCUGCAAUCACAAAGAUCUUCACCUAAUUCUCAAAGAAUUGCAAUUUAUUACGGCGCGCAUGCGCAAAGCUGACGACGAAGCGGAAUUGAUUGGCGAUUGGAAGUUCGCGGCAAUGGUUGUGGAUAGAUUUUGUUUAAUUGUUUUCACGCUCUUCACGAUUAUUGCAACGGUCACUGUGCUGCUCUCGGCUCCGCACAUAAUCGUGCAAUAAGGACGCUGGAAUUAGACAAUUAAGCUACGGAUAUGGAAACGUCUGCGGAUGGGAGAUGCCUAAUUAAGUUCUUUUUUGAAAAACCAAAAACUAGCGAAGCUGCUUCGAAACAAAGCAAAAAAAAAACCACAAAAAAAUAAUACAAAUAAAAAAUUGUUAAUUACAUUUUUAAGUAAAACAAAGAGCAAAGAAAUGUCGCAAGAAAAAAAAACAGAAACGAGACAAAUUCAUGUACUAAAAAAUAUUUUAUGGACAAACCAAACAAAAAAGCAAAAAUUACUGCCGUACAAGAACCGAAAAAAGUGUUAAGUAAGCUACUCACUCACACACACACACACAAAAUUAUAAGAAUUAAGCGAACAACAAGAAGUGAAACAAAAAUUUGCAUAGGAAUAGCCAAAAGAAAGUUGGUGGAGCAGGACGAGAAGAACAACAAAGGAACAUCGCGGGACAGGACACACAAGGGUUACAUAUAUGUAAGCCCACUGACACAGACAGACCCAUCACAUACAUGUAGGUAACUGUAUGUACAAUAACAGAGUUAUAAGUUAAUUAAUAUGCUGAGUUGAUAUAAUUUAUGUACGACGAACAGACGACAGACACACACACACCUACAUAUAAGAUAUAUGAUAUAUAUAUAUAAGAGAUUGUUCCUAUGAGACAUUAGAUAUGUAUUUAAAAUGGCAACACACUCACGUACAGAGACACACAGACACUGAAGCACUUAAUUGACAAAUACAAAAACAAGGGAAAGAAUCCAUUUAUUCGUAGGAAAGGACGAAAACAGGAGAAGGACAGAAGGUUAGGGGGUAUACGUUAUGGUCUGAUGACCCUUUGUUGUCUGCAUUUUUAAGCUAUAAUAUUUUCCCUUUCUGUUUUCAUUUUGGGAUCACGUGGACCAACAAUAUUUUGUUUGAUUUCCUUCAUUCCAGUUUGCAAACAAAAUAUGAUCCCAAUGAAGAAACUUUUACGAAAACCUACUUUGGUUCGUAUCCAAUUCCGAUUAAAUUCUCACUUCCAAUUUUAUUUGCUCUUAUUUUUUCAUCCGUUGGAACGCUUUCAAAGAGUUGUUUGCAAGAUAGAUUGUAAAUGGUAACAAACUGACACAUAAUAAUGGAUAUUAACAAAGGUCUAUAUAUACAUACAUAUACUCAUAGUGAAUUGAAUUAAUUUUUAAAAGACGCAUUCACGAACACAUUGAGGAAGUAUGUUCGUUGAACAUCAUGUUUUUAGAAAAUUUAUUGUUGAAAUAUUGUAGCAAAUUGAGUAAGCAUAAAGACAAACGACCCGAGGGCGAAACAACCGAGUUAUAGUCACCAAUUAAUUAGUCAAAGUAAUAAUAAACGGAAAUCGAAAACCAGAGAAACCAGAACCGAACUAGCAAUACAAGAUGAACAGGUGUAUAUAUAUUUUAUGACACAUAUAUCACCGCAUAUAUACAUACACAUAUAUAUAUGGAUAUAUUUUUAAUAAAUCGAUACGGAAACGAGCAAAACUAAAGACACUAAGCAGAAAGGAGAAGCAAAGCGGCGCAAGAACAUAACCCCACUAAGCCAACCAACCAACCCAACUCAAUGCCACUCGAAAUCACAUAAAAGAAAAUCACAAUUUUGUUGGAAAUUUCGCAUAGUUUUCGGAUGAUUUCUCUUUGUCUAUAUCUAUGUAUAUCCCGGUGUAUUCCUAGAAACGAGCUUCGAAUUUUUUCUACUUUACUCUGCUCUCCCCUUACACAAAGCAAAACAGUGAUAUUUACGGUAUAGCCCCCAAAAAGACGAACUCAAACUCGAACACUCUUUCCGGAACCCACCUAAGAAACCUUUAAACGUGAAUGUUUUCUACACAAAAACCAAAAUCAAUGAAAUACCUACCUCCUUGUUGAAAGAGAAGAAACGAUAGUGAUUGAAGGACGAAGAAGUAUAGCAACACUGCCGAGUUAAUCGCACUCCUCUCUCCCCUUGUCGAGUAACCCAAGACCCAAUUUUUUUACGUUGUCCUGCCAAAAGAGAAUUUCUAACAGAAUUGUGUGACGAACAACAAGCUACUUUUGAUAGCCAGACGAAAAGUUUACUUAACGGAAAUAAGAUCGGCCCUAUAGCUACACCCGCUGUCAGAACGUCAGAAGGAACCCAAUCGAGUGCUGAAUCAACUGAAGGAACUGCAGAUCAGAUCUAAGCGUUAUAUGUGUAUACACUCACUUUGUAUGUUUUAUUUGCAUUUACAUUUAAAUUUAGAUUCGAUAUUUGAUAUGAGACGACUUUUACUUACGCCCAGAGCGAUGCAUAAUCCUACCGAAAACUGCUCUGUCCCCAUGAGGUUGUUGUUUUUCGAACGUUAGCCAAAUUCGAGGGCGAAUAUUCCAAUUCAAAAUCCGAUUGAAAUCGAUAUUGAGAUCUUGAGUUUAAGUAUCAGUGUGAGGAAAAUCCGCAUCAGAAUCUGAAUGCUUAUAAUAUGGAGAGAUAGAGUUGAGGAGGGUGUGUGCAUUUUAAAUUUAAUUUUUUUUAUAAUUAAUUUAGUGCUAAUCUUUGAGCAGCUAGGCGCAUAAUUAGAACUAUGUAUAUGUGUAUGGAUGUCUUUUUGAUAAAAAGAAGCUGUUUUAAAAAGCAAACCAUUUUCUACACUCUUUAAAAGAUUGAACUCUACAUGUACGAGAUUAUGUAUAAUACAAGUAAUAAUAAAAUAGCGUUAACUAGGCAAUUAUAAAAAUGAGGUGACCUGCAGAAGGAGCCAUAAACUAAGCGUCCUACAUUAGGAGAGGGCAACCUACGCGAUUACCCGAGAUAACGAUAUAAUGAGAUAACGAGAGGUGGCAAGAAAAAACUAAAACGAUAAACGAAUUUAAAAAUGAAAAUGAAAUUACCGCGAAAACCAAACUUGUAGUAAAGGAACAUGUUUUUUCAUUUGAAAACUCUACUACUUACUUACUUACUUUGCAAGUAAUAAAUAAUUUCCUCUGAUCAGAGUUACACGCAAUCGCGAAAUGCAAAAAGCUAAUUACAAAACGGUUGGUACACGCCCACACACACAGUCAGACAUGAAGCAUUCGAAUUGUUCGUAUUGUAUUACAAAAAUAAAGAAAUCCGAAAAGCAAACCGAAGAGUUCGAUUUUCGUUUCAAUUGCACUCCGCAUGUUCACCCCCAGGGCAAUUAAACAGAGUUCAACAAUAAAUAGCGCAUUAAAAACCGAUUCGAGACACUUUUUUAAACAAGGCAAAUAUAUUUAAAUUUAGCAUUUAACUAAACGACAAGAAAAACUUAGUCUAUAAACUGCAAAUGUUUAGCACCAAACUCACCCGGGCAGAAACCUACAAGCCAUCCCGAGUCCAAAUCCAAAUCCAGACCUCCGCCUGUGUCCCAAGUCUAACUACCAUCAAUUUAAAUAGCUAUUUGCAUAAUUAUUAAACCGUUACUGAAUUUCUGUCGAUUGCCAAACGCAAAAAAAAACCAUAAAAUCUUCCCAAAAAUUAUGCAUGUAAAAACAAAUGGCUAAAACAGAAAGAAAAAGAAAAAAAUUAGCAAGAAGUCUGUUGUCGAUAAGUAUUAUUGGCAGACAAAUAACUUUCGUCACAUUGACGAUAAUAAUUAAUUGUAAGCGAAAAACAAAGGAAUUAAAUGAUUUAAAUAAUAAACAAAUUAAUAUUAAAAAUCGAGAGACAUGAUUGCAACAAAAACACAAAAACUGAAUAA